CACUCAACACGACUACACCAGGUUAUAGAAUACAUAUAAAUUUACGAUUCACCACGUUCGAAAAAUGUACAUGCUGCCAUCUAGAUUUAUUUGAUAAUUGUCCGAUAAUAAUAAACAUGAUGGAUUACGAAUUUAAAAUGAAAACCCAAAAAGAUCGGACAAAGGUCGAGGAUCUUUUCGAAUUUGAAGGAUGUAAAGUUGGAAGAGGAACCUACGGGCAUGUCUAUAAAGCUCGUAGGAAGGAAGGUGUACCAGAUAGCGAAUUAAAAUCCCGGCCAGAUACAAAGGAUUUUGGACUUAAACAAAUUGAAGGAACAGGGCUUUCAAUGUCCGCGUGUCGUGAAAUUGCAUUACUUAGAGAAUUAAAACAUGUAAAUGUAAUUACACUAAUCAGAGUUUUCCUAUCGCAUAAUGAUCGCAAAGUAUGGUUACUAUUUGAUUUUGCUGAACACGAUUUAUGGCAUAUAAUCAAGUUUCACAGAGCAGCGAAGGCUAAUAAAAAGCCUGUUAUGGUACCAAAAGGUAUGGUCAAAUCUUUGUUGUAUCAAAUCCUGGAUGGUAUUCACUAUUUACAUUCCAAUUGGGUGCUCCAUAGAGAUUUGAAACCUGCAAAUAUUUUAGUAAUGGGAGAAGGAAAUGAAAGAGGACGAGUAAAAAUUGCUGAUAUGGGUUUUGCUAGAUUAUUUAAUGCUCCCUUAAAACCUUUGGCAGAUUUAGAUCCAGUUGUAGUAACAUUUUGGUAUAGAGCACCAGAAUUACUUUUAGGUGCUAGGCAUUAUACAAAAGCUAUAGAUAUCUGGGCUAUUGGUUGUAUAUUUGCAGAACUGUUAACGUCUGAACCUAUAUUUCAUUGUAGACAGGAAGACUUGAAAACUAGCAAUCCAUAUCAUCAUGAUCAGUUAGAUAGGAUAUUUAAUGUGAUGGGAUUUCCUAUGGAAAAAGAUUGGGAAGAUAUUAAGAAAAUGCCAGAACACCCUACGUUAUUGAAAGAUUUUAAAAGACAAAAUUAUGCAAAUUGUUCACUCACAAAAUAUAUGGACCGACAUAAAAUAAAACCCGACAGCAAGGCAUUUAAUUUGCUUCAAAAAUUAUUAAUGAUGGAUCCUAAUAAACGAAUAACGUCCGAACAUUCUAUGCAAGAUGCCUACUUUCAAGAGGAACCACUGCCAACGCAAGACAUAUUUGCUGGAUGCCCAAUUCCGUAUCCUAAACGAGAAUUUUUGACGGACGACGACACAGAGGAAAAGACUGAAAAUAAAGCACGACAAAAUCAACAGCAAAAUCAACAAAAUCAACAACAACAACAAGGAAACGACGAUCAUAACCACGGACAAAACGCUAAGCGGGUAAGACUUAACGGCCCUCACGGAGCUCCAGAGUUUCAUCAGCACCAGAGUCACGCGAUGACCCACCAACAACCACCCGGCAUGGUUUAUUCGACUGCUCAACCAACGCAACCGUCAAAUUUUCAUCAACGUUUUUGAAAUAAUUAAAUUACUAGUUUACCGAUUUAACCAAUUUCUGUGAACCGAUGAACGCGUCGACGGCUCCCGUGUAUAUUACUUCACAGUAAAGUAAUAAAAUUUUAUUUAUACAUUGUACAAUACGCAGCAUAUACUGCAAAGUAUUUUUUACUAUAAGACGUAUCUCGAAUUUUACGGCAAACAUCGAUGCCAAUUUGCAAACGAUUACUAAAAUUUAAUGAUCGUAUGCAAAAUGAUAUGUUUGUUAUCUCUGAUAAUCGAUAUCGAUCAAUUUCUAUGACAAAAUAUUAAAAUUUGUUAAACAUUGUAUAUACCUUAAACAUUUUUGCGUUCUUGUAAACAAUUGUAAACGAAUUCGAAUCGAACGAAAUGAUAAGAAAACAAUAAAAAGGAGCAUUAAGUUUCUUUAAGAAAAAGAAAAAGGUGCAAAUUAAAAUGACA